UCGGUUCUUGUUUUCAGGGGUGGGACGAAGCCAGAGGUUCUGGGCUUGAGCGGGUCGUCCUCCGGGUCCAGUUCGGGUUGUGCUGCCAGAAUGAAUCUGAGUGAUGAAGAUGAAGCAGUGAUGAUGAAGAUCUGGACCGCUCCAUGGACGGUCCAGCCCUGCUCUGGUCCUGAGAUCUGGGUCACUACCAGAACCAAAACCAGAAGAGCUUCCUGUAUAAAGCUGUUUAUGAAUCGGAUUUAGAACCGGACCUGAACAGAACCAGUGAGCAGAACCUUGAGGCUGACUGGUGGCCCUCUGGGGCAAGCUGUUUAAUAUUUAGUAUCCAGGCGGGCCGUCCAGCCACACUGCACAGACUGGGAAUUAAAUGGCUCAACAGCUUGCCAUACUUGGACCCUUCAGCACCAUGACCCCUGACCCUUGACCCCAAAAUGUUUUAGCUGCCAGGCCUCACCAGGGGUUCUGCUUUGAUGGUUCUUUUAGAUGUGAUGAAGCGAACCGGGUCGCAGAAAGACAGAAAAAAAAACUGGAUUUAUCAUGUUUUGUGUGUUAUUUUUGAUUGUUGUUUUGGAUUUGAACUUGUAUCUAGCCAUGAGUUUCAUGAAUGUUCAACAGAAAGAGACUGCACAGCAGGAACCGACACUCCAGAUCUUCAUCUCUGACCCGAAACCGGAACCAGAACCAAGUCACAUUCAGAAACAAGAUCAUUCAAAGCUUUUUCUGGGUUUCUACAGUUAGAGUUCUGGUUCUGAUCAAUUUCUGGUUCUGAUCAGUUUCUGGUUCUGAUCAGCUGAUCCCUGUUGACAGUAACUUAUUACAGUAUUCGCAAACCCUCACCGUUGCCAUGACAACAAGCCACUAAUGAGUCAUCAUCAUCACACAGAACUUCAUCAGAACCUUUCAGAGGUUCUGGUUCUGACCCGUGUGCGGGGCUGCUGGUUGGAUCAGACAGGAAGUUCUGCUGGGUCGCCUGCUGAGGCGUUUCCAUGGCAACAUGCAGUUCUGGUACCGGACCAGCGGGUCCCGGUUCUACCGGUUCUGACCCGGUCCAAUCAGGAGACAAAUGAGGAAGCAGCAGGAAUCCAUCAGAACACGGCGAUCCCAGAGGCCCAGUCAGGCCUGGCCGGGCAGAACCAGAACAGAACAUGAAUCACUGCAGGAAACCUGGCCCAUUAAUCCGGCUCGGUUCCGUCUGACAGCUCUGCAGCAGAACCAGGCCUGCAGACGGUCCUGAUGGAUGGCGGCCUGGUUCUGGUUUGGUUUACCUGAACUGCAUCAGCUGCUGCUGACCCGGUUCAUCAGAAAGUUCUGGUUCCAUCUGUCUGGACCAUGGCAGGGUUCUGUUCCUGAACCGAGAGGACAGCGGUCCAACGGACGGAGUCCCUGCAACCGGGGUGUCCGGACCCCAACAGCCCACCGAACCCCCCGCAGCUGGACAAACACCUGUGGCCAAUCAGGGACCAGGACAGGGCGUCUGUGUGUGUUUUAGUAUGUGUGUGUGUUAUGGUGUCUAUGUGGGGGUGUGUAUGCGCAUGUGUUGGGGUGUGUAGGCGUGUGUGUUUUAGUGUGUGUGUGUUACUGUGUGUUGGGGUGUGUUAGUGUGUGUGUGUGAUGGAGGCAGCAUCUCCCGGGAUGAUAAUGAUCACCUCCAUCUGUCAGCGACAGCAGAGGAUCAUGGGAGUGUGUGAUGUCACACUGAGAUGUUAAUGAAGUUGCUCAGUCUGGUUCCCCGCCGGUCUGGGUCAGAGAGAAGUCCACAGAACCAGAGCCGCUCUGGGUCUGACCGCAUUACUUCUGGUACUUCUGUAACCUCUGUGCUGACAGAGGUCAGAGGUCAGAGGUGGUUCACCUGCUUUAGCUGUGACGCCUCAGCUGUCAUUCACAGAGGGUCAGUGGUCAAAGGUCAAGGGUCAGUUCAUCUGGCCUUCUAUCACUAAAACUUGGACCAAAGGCCAAAACCGCCUGACGGUUCUGGUUCUGAUGAAGGUUCUGGUUCUGAUCUAUUUUGGUCCAAACUCCUAAAAUAUCCUGAAGUCGCUGCAGCUAAAAACAGAUCAGAGAGUCUAGAAAUAGAACCAAGCUACAGCUGUACUGAGAGGAGGGUCGACCCGGUUCUGCUCAGAGGCGGUACCAGCCCAUUGGGUUCUGCUAAAUAUCGGAGCAGUUUUGUCCAUCAGGCGGUUCAGGAACCAAACAGACUCACACAAAUUAUAAUUUGUGUGACUGGAGGUGUGGAAACCUUAACCAUGCCUCUGCUGGGAGACAGAAAAUAAACGUUGAAAUAUUAGAAACAUUGAAUUAAUGUUGAAGCCAGAUAUUGAAACGAUAUUGAAUCGACAUUGAAACGAUACUGAAACGAUAUUGAAACGACAUUGAAACGAUACCGAAACGACAUUGAAACGAUACCGAAACGACAUUGAAACGAUACCGAAACGACAUUGAAACGAUACUGAAACGACAUUGAAACGAUACUGAAAUGACAUUGAAACGAUACUGAAACGAUAUUGAAACGACAUUGAAACGAUACCGAAACGAUAUUGAAUCGAUACUGAACCGAUACUGAAACGAUACCGAAUCGAUAUUCAAACGAUACUGAAUUGACACUGAAACAAUACUGAAACGAUACUGAAUUGAUAUUCAAACGAUACUGAAUCGAUAUUGAACCGAUACUGAAACAACGUUGAAACGAUAUUGAAUCGAUACUGAAACGAUGAUGAAACGAUACUGAAACAAUGUUGAAACAAUACUGAAAAGGCAUUGAAACGAUGUUGAAACGAUAUUGAAACGAUACUGAAUCGAUAUUGAAACUAAACUGAAACGAUACUGCAUCGAUAUUGAAACGAUACUGAAUCGAUACAGAAACGAUAUUGAAACGAUACUGAAUCGAUACUGAAACGAUACUGAAACGAUACUGAAACGAUGCGUUAAAAUACUUUAGAUUAUUACACUCUUUAUUACUAAACCUUGCUAAACAGAGCAUGUUGGUAGCGAUGCUAUGUGAGAUUGAAGCUAUAAUAGCCGUGUAAUAUUAGUGUAUAUUAAUCAUAUCCCAUCAUUCCAGUGACCUGUGCAGUUCAGUGACACAUUGUGGCUGCUGCUGAUAACAGACGCUAUGAAACGGAUUAAUGCGCAUAAAAGAGUUGCGUUGAUUUGUAUUAGUCUGUUUAAUUUAAUUCCAAUAAAACCUGCUUACCCUGUCUGAUACUGUUUCAUUCUUACAAACAUCUCUGUAUUUAAAAUAUUUUAAAAAGGUAGGACAUUCUGAUACUCAGGCUGCACUGUGGUGCAGUGGGCAGCACUGUUGCCUUGCAGGGCUGGUUACCAUGGCAACAGCAUCUAGGAACUGUCAGGAGGAGCCGUCCAUCAGCUGGACGCUGCAGUGAAGCUGUCAGAGGGUCAGAACCAGGACCAGAACCGGGACCCGGACCAGAGCUGGAGCAGCUGCAGGAGGGAUCAGGUAGCAUCCAUGAGGUGAUGAUGGACAUCCCAGCUGUUUCUUAAGGGAAAAGCUUCACAUCUUCUACUGGUGGGACUGCAGGAACUGGGCCAUCAGACUGGUUUCCGUCACUAGAGGGAAACGCAGCAGCCGGUUCGUCCUUCUGUCUGCGGACCUCAUGUUGAGAACCGCUGCCGUCUCUGAAACAUUUCAGUAGAAACUGAGAAGCGCGCACGGAGCAUACCAGAGUCACAGCUCCAGAGACCAAUCAUUAAACUAAUCACCUCAGCACGUCACAGGUUUCUCCCAGCCCGUUACGCGGGCUGCGUGGCGGGCUCCCCCUCCCCCGAUUAGCGGGGACUCUCUGGCUCCGCCCACCGAGUUGGGAGGAGGGGGGGGGAGGGGGGCUGAGUUUCCGCCUCUCCUCUCCAACAGCACCUGUGUGACCGCAGAUCGAGCCGCUGCGGUUUCUUCUCCUCCAGCCGAACCUCCAGUUUAUCUGCAUAGGUUCGGUUCUGUUCGGACUUUCUCCUCUCCCCGCUGCGUAGCCGGACCGGGAGGCUGCAACUUCUCCUAACAACUAGAAGACUUGUUGCAGGAAGACCUUCCGGUCCGGUCCGGUCCAGUACGGGUUGGACCUGCUGCUUCCCUCUGAAGCUUUUCGCCUCUGAACAGCCAGAAAAUGAGCGGCUGAUCUCUGGAGCGCCGCUUUCAACUUUACGCGCUGUACGCACCGACUUUGUGCGUAAAGCUCCGCGCUCCGGCUGACCCGGAGCUCCGAACUCCGCUCGCUGGUUCCCGGAUGUCCGCUUGUUGCCCUACGGCUGUCUGAACCUCUGUCUAACCCUCCAGAGCCUCCGGAGCUCCGGGCCAGCAUGGCUGCGGGAGUCGCAGCCUGGAUGCCGUUCGCCCGCGCCGCGGCCGUCGGUUGGAUGCCGGUGGCCAGCGCGCCCAUGCCGGCGCCUCCGCGGGAGAAGCAGCGCGGCCGGGACGGGCUGAUCGUGCUGAACGUCAGUGGCACAAAGUUCCAGACGUGGCGGGACACGCUGGAGCGCUAUCCGGACACCCUGCUGGGCAGCUCGGAGCGGGACUUCUUCUUCCACGAGGAGAGCAACGAGUUCUUCUUCGACCGCGACCCGGACAUCUUCCGCCACAUCCUGAACUUCUACCGCACCGGAAAGCUGCACUUCCCGCGCCAGGAGUGCAUCUCCGCCUAUGACGAGGAGCUGACCUUCUUCGGCAUCGUCCCGGAGAUCAUCGGAGACUGCUGCUACGAGGACUACAAGGACCGGCGGCGGGAGAACCAGGAGCGCAUCCAGGACGACGAGGAGAGCGAGCAGAGCAGCGACCUGAUGCCCGCGGAUGCCAGCCUCCGGGAGACCAUGUGGCGCGCCUUCGAGAACCCGCACACCUCCACCAUGGCGCUUGUCUUCUACUACGUCACCGGCUUCUUCAUCGCCGUGUCGGUCAUGGCCAACGUGGCGGAGACGGUUCCGUGCGGCGCCGCGCCGAACCGCGUCAAGGUGCUGUCCUGCGGCGAGCUCUACGCGCUGGCCUUCUUCUGCCUGGACACGGCGUGCGUCAUGAUCUUCACGGUGGAAUACCUGCUGCGCCUCCUGGCGGCGCCCAGCCGCUACAGGUUCGUCAAGAGCGUGAUGAGCGUCAUCGACGUGGUGGCCAUUAUGCCCUACUACAUCGGUCUGGUCAUGACGGACAACGAGGACGUGAGCGGCGCCUUCGUCACCCUGCGGGUCUUCCGCGUUUUUCGGAUCUUCAAGUUCUCGCGGCACUCUGCGGGACUUCGCAUCCUGGGCUACACGCUGAAGAGCUGCGCGUCGGAAUUGGGCUUCCUGCUCUUCUCGCUCACCAUGGCCAUCAUCAUCUUCGCCACCGUCAUGUUCUACGCUGAGAAGGGUUCCGGCAGCAAGUUCACCAGCAUCCCGGCAGCCUUCUGGUACACCAUCGUUACCAUGACAACGCUGGGAUAUGGCGACAUGGUCCCAAAGACCAUCAUGGGGAAGCUCUUCGGCUCUGUCUGCUCCCUGAGCGGCGUGUUGGUCAUCGCCCUGCCCGUCCCUGUCAUCGUGUCCAACUUCAGCCGCAUCUACCACCAGAGCCAGAGAGCCGAGAAGAGGCGAGCGCAGAAGGCAUCCAAAGAAGCAGGCCAGGCACUGGUGUGCAAGAUCAACCCCAACUUUGAGCUGCAACAUCACCACCUGCUCAACUGCCUGGAGAAAACCACGAACCACGAGUUUGUGGACGAGAAGUUGUUUGAGUUGAGCUGCCGGGACCUAAGUCCGGUAAAGCAGCUCUCUCCAUCUUCCUCCAUCUCCUCGUCCUCACCUCAUGGCUUCUUCUGCUGUGGCCACAAGAUAAGGAAGACCUUCAACAUCCCCAACUCCAACAUGUCUCUGGGUCUGCAGGGCAGCAUCCAGGAGCUGAGCACCAUCCAGAUCAGGGAGCGGCCAAUCAUCAACAGUCGAUCCAGUCUGAAUGCCAAGUUUGAAGAGACGCUCCCUCUGAACUGUGAGCCGCCAUACCUUUUCCCGUCUGUCGUCAGCAUUCCCACACCUAACACCACUCCAGACGGAGACCGGACCUCCGGUUCUCCUGACCACUGCCAGGCCAACAUCGUCCGGGUUUCUGCUCUCUAGAGUCCAGCUGG